AUGACUCUCUCCUUGAUCAACAUUUUCUUCUUGUUAUUGUUAUUAACUCCAAUUGACCUUUCAAGAGCAAAAUCAUGUUUCAUAACUCGAAGGUUUUACGUACAUGUUAUCGACAAACUUCCUUCUAAUUCCUCUAAACUGCAAGUUCAUUGUGCUUCUGGUGAUGAUGACCUCGGAUACCAUAGUCUUACUGCUAAUCAAGAAUUCGAUUGGUCGUUUUGUCAAGGAUUUGCUUGGACAACUUUAUUUUUUUGUCAUUUUUGGUGGGGUACAAAGAAUAAAAGCUUUAAUGUGUUUAAUGAUCCAGUACAUUGUGUAGAAGAUGGAAAACUUCCAAAGCUUACAGAGCAGUGUGCAUGGGUUGUGAAAUCAGAUGGUUUUUAUUUAGGAACUUAUAUAAGCCCUGGAAUUGUUGAAGAUAUGUAUCGCUAUACUGGGUGGUAG